AUGAGUGGAUACGAUAGUGCAUUAUCUAUAUUCUCGCCUGAUGGACAUGUUUUCCAAGUCGAGUACGCAUCGGAAGCGGUCAAAAGAGGUACUUGUGCAGUAGGAGUCAAGGGCAAAAACAUUGUUGUAUUGGGAUGCGAAAGAAGAACUACUUUGAAAUUGCAAGACCCUAGAACAACGCCAUCCAAGAUUUGUAAAAUUGACCACCACAUAUUAUUAGCAUUUGCUGGAUUGAAUGCCGAUUCAAGGAUCUUGAUAGAUAAAGCCAGAGUAGAGGCACAAUCGCAUCGAUUGAAUUUAGAAGAUGCCGUUAGCGUUGAAUACUUGACUAAAUACGUUGCUGGUGUGCAACAACAAUACACACAGUCAGGAGGUACGAGACCUUUCGGAAUUGCCACGUUGAUUGCUGGAUUCGAUACAAAUGACGAUGUACCUAAAUUAUAUCAAACCGAACCCAGUGGAGUGUUUAAUGCGUGGAAAGCUCAUGCUAUUGGAAGAUCGGCCAAAACAGUCAAGGAAUUUUUAGAAAAACAUUACAAAGACGAAGCUAAUGAUGAAGAAACGAUUAAAUUGACAGUUAAAUCUUUGUUGGAAGUGGUGCAGACUGGUGCUAAAAAUAUUGAACUUUCAAUAAUGAAACCCGGUGGAGUGAUUGAGAAAUUGACUAUAGAUGAAAUUAAGAAGUAUGUUGAUGAAAUUGAAGCUGAAAAGGAAGCUGAAGCUGAAAAGAAGAAACCUAAAUCAAGAGAUUAG